GAAGGAGAAGAAGAGGAGGAGGAGGACGAAGAAGAGCAGCUUAUUGAUGAGAGGAGGGAGGGCGCGUUUUUACAGCGCCGGGCUUGCAGGGCAGGUGCGCCCGCCUCUCGCUGGUGAUGCAGGGGAGCCCGCCCGGCAGCGAGGAGGAGCUGCUGCGUCCUGCCCUGGGGAAGCUUUACUUACUAGGUGGUCCCCGGAAAGGUAGUAUCUUUGGGCACAGAAACACCGAGCCGACAGCGAGCGUGCAUCCCGGGGAGCUCGGGCAUCCCUUGAUUGGAGUCCCAUUAGGAGCCGUGUGUUUGAAAGCCAUUUGUUACCCAGGACCAGGAAAGCCACAGCUGCCCCAGAUCAGCAGAAGACAACUUCAGGACAAAGCUGAGCCAAACUUUGAAACUGGGGGAGCCUUAACAGAGCAGUGUCACUCACAGACCUCAAAGGGCUUGGCAAUUGAGACAGGAGUGUCCUGGAGAUGAAACCCUGUGCCACCUACGAGCAGUUAGUGGAUGGUGUCGGGCCGUGGGACUUCACUGGAGGUUUUGUUCCCUGUGAGCUGCUCCUUGUUGGAGAGGACGCCUUCCCUGUGCUCCUGAGCGCCAAGAAGCAGGUCCUGAUUGCGGUCUCACAGUAUGGCAAGGGCCGGAUGGUGGUUGUUUCCCAUGAAGGAAUCCUGAAGAGCCCCAAGUUCUCCCAGUUCCUCAGGAAUGCCAUGGGGUGGCUCAAGCCUUGCCCGGAGGCCGUGGUUGGGGUUCAUCCUCAGCUGGAUUCCCUGUCCCAGGUGCUGCUCGAGGCUGGCACCCGAGUGCAGGUGGAGGCAAAGCCCGGCCCGUCCAUGGGGGUGUUCUGUAUGGAUGCCUAUGACAGCUCCCAGGCCAGAGGCAUCGUGGACUUUGUCAAAGGGGGUGGAGGGCUGCUUGUUGGAGGCCAAGCCUGGUACUGGGCGAGUCAACACGGCAAGGAGAAGGUGCUGUUCGAAUUCCCUGGGAACAAGGUGACCAGCGUGGCUGGCGUGUACUUCACAGGAAACACCGUGGAAAAAGGCGUCUUCAAAGUGGCCAAGAAGAUUCCCAAGAUCCCAUUAGUUGUCCCGCACCAGGCCAACCUGAGCUGUGACGCUGAGUUUCUCCUGCGCGGUGUGCCAGAGCUGGAUUUGGUGACGGGGGGCAUCCCCUCCACCUUGCUGGUGCACGGAGCCCUGUCCUUCCCGCUGUGCCUGGACAGCUCCCAGCGCUGCCUCUUGGCUGCCGCACGCUACGGCCGCGGCCGCGUGGUGGUGGCCACCCAUGAGGGCCAACUGUUCUCCCCAAAGCUGGCCAGAUUCCUGCUCAAUGCUGUCUCCUGGCUGGAUGCCGGCAGGAAGGGGCUGGUGGGGGUGGAUCCCAGGCUGGAGAAGCUGUGUGGCCUGCUGUCUCAGGCAGAGGUGAAGUCGCAGGUGUCACAGCUGGCAGGUGACAUCAGCGUGUACUGCUGCACUUCUUACGGUGACAAAGAAGCCGAGAGGAUCCACGCUUUCGUGGCAGAGGGAGGUGGCCUGCUGGUGGGGGGCCAGGCCUGGUACUGGGCUUCCCAGAACUCUGGCAAAGCUGCUGUGGCAAAAUAUCCUGGCAACAGGAUCCUGAACCGCUUUGGGCUGAGCAUCCUGGGGCAGUGCGGCCGGGCAGCCAAGUACCCAGCCCUGGGGCCGGGGGAGCACUACCACUUCCGCAGGGCGCUCCUGCUCUUCAGCACGCAGCUGCAGGGACAUCAGGAGCUCACGGAGCCCCUGAAGGGCUGGCUGCACCCCCUGGCAAAGGACUGCGCUGCCUUCCUGCACAUCCCAGCCCGCGACUGCCCGGCGUACGCCUCGUUGCACCGCAUCCUGACCAAAGUGCUCAAGAGGACUGGGAUCCCGCAGGUCGGCAGGCACUGCCCCGUCAAGAGCAACUCCAAAGAGGCAGUGCUUCUGUGCAUGGCGACUGAGCUGUCCCUCACCAUGACAGACAGCGCUGCCCUGGUGCAGAAAUCUGCUGCUGGGGUCUGUGCCUGCCCUGUCACUGUGGAAAUCGAUGGCACAAACCCAGGAAAGACAGCCUGGAGGAGCACAGGACUCUACCUCCCCGAAGGGCACACAGCAGUGAUAACGUGCCCUUGCCUGGUGGUCGGUGCGGGCCUGAAGGUGCAGGUUGGGUGUCACACGGAUGACCUCUCUGGAGCCAAGGAGCUGAAACGGGCCCCAGUGGUAAUCCGCACCUGUGAUGUUUCCUGCCAGAAACAAUCCGUUUCCUGCCUCUGGGGUGGCCUCAUUUACAUCAUAGUCCCAGCAAAGAGUGCACUGGGGAGCGUGCCCAUCACGGUGGAAGGGGCAGUCAGAGCUCCUUUCUUCAAGCUGGGGGAGACCUGUGAAAGGCAGUGGGAGGCCUGUAUCCGGCACUACCCUGCUCCCUGGGCAGAGCUGGCUGUUGAGAAUCUCAUCCUGACGGUGCCUUCCGACAGCGUCCGCCACAUGGAGAGCCCACGGCCGCUGCUGACCCUGUGGGACAAGAUCAUGGUGGCCAUAAGCACAUUGGCAGCCGUGCCAGCAAAGUUCCCAAGGCCAGAGAGGAUUGUAACAGAUGUCCAGAUCUCAUGUGGCUGGAUGCAUGCUGGCUACCCCAUCAUGGGCCACCUGGAUUCAGUGAAGGAGAUGUUAGACGUGGAGCACAUGCAAACUACUGGUCUUUGGGGUCCCAUCCAUGAGCUGGGACACAAUCAACAGCAGCAGGCAUGGGAGUUCCCCCCUCACACCACGGAGGCCACAUGCAACCUCUGGUCUGUCUAUGUUCAUGAGGAGGUGCUGGGCAUUCCUAGGCAUGAGGCCCAUCAGGCACUCAGGCCACAGUGCCGCAAGGAAAGGAUAAAAGACUAUCUGAAGAAAGGUGCUCAGCUAAAGGACUGGAACGUGUGGACUGCUCUGGAGACAUACCUGCAGCUGCAGGAAGGGUUUGGUUGGGACCCCUUCACCCACCUCUUCUCUGACUACCAGAAAAUCUCCAAGAUCCCAAAAGACAACACUUCUAAGAUGAACCUGUGGGCACAGAAGUUUUCUCAGCAGCUGAAGACUGCAUCUCAAAGACUGGGCAUCAUGAGCUUUCUGGAGGAAAACCAGAAGCUAGCUCAGGUUUGAAUCACGAGAGAAUUUUGCUGCAGCAGUCAGAGUACCUGCACUCGAUGGUGUGUGUAUUCUCAGAAGUGAAUGUCACUGUGGCUCCUUUCCUCAGACCCAAGCUCCUUUCCAAAGUAAAAGUUAAUGCGCCAGGGAGUGGUAAGCAUCCAGGUCUUGUUCUGAGAGGCAGAUGGGAUGUGGCCAAGAUGUCCACCUGAAAGCAAGGACUGCAGGUGUCAUCAUGAAGAAUGCUAUCCUGAUAAACUUUUUGUCUUUCCCACCCAAGCCCUGGGUUCAGUAUGCAGGAAUGUCCUUCUGAAGCUUUCUGAAAGUCCUGUACCUAACUGUCUGUUGUCAUCUCUACCUCUUCCUCUGCCAUCUGCUGCCUCCUGAAUCAAGACAGACUUGAGGGGUAAAGACUGAUUUUUAUCUGUUGGAGAUAGGCACCUCCAUCAGCCAAAUACAUAUUGAAGAGGGGAUCAGGAAGAUCCCUUCAACAAUUCUGUAAGCAAACCCAGCAUCAUCUCCCAAGAUCCCUUUUUUGUCAUGACAUCUCAAGAAAAACUUUGUUUUCCAAAUUUGGGGCAGAGAGACUGUUUCUAGCAAGGUACGUGCAUUUUCUUGCAAACCGAUCUCCUGGUGUGGGUUUUGCUCUGCCCCAUGAACCUCCCAGGAACCAGAACUGCAGUGCCCCUAAAACCGCUUGUAGAACAUUGGUCACGCUCUGCGUGUCUCAUCUGCCUCUUUUUCUUCCUCAAAACCCUGUUGCUGCAUAAGUUGCAGAACUGAGCUGGGGGAAAUCGAGAAGUCCAUUGCAGUGUUUGGGUUUGUGGUCAUGUUGGACAAAAAAAUAAGUUUUCUCCAUUGUGAAAGUAUCCAGCAACUUUAGAAACUAGGAGGCAAACACUUUGCAACAGCCAAGCUUUUGGUCCAGUGGCUAAACCAGAAACCUGGAAAAUAUACUUCUUCAGGCAGAAAUGACAAAAAUUUGUACUCACAUUUCUGAUGGGGGAAAAAAAUCACCCAGAACUGAUUUUUCAGGUUGUAUUUUUAAUCCCAAACUAGAAACUCCCAGCUCCUCAAAGAAUAUAGAUAUCAUUGAUGAAAGGGAGGAACAUACAGACUGGAGUUUGGGAAAUUUUAGGGAAGCAGAACAUUGCUCAAGACUUCUAUGUAUCUGAUUUGCAGUGAUGCCUCUGAUAGAGGUCUUCCACCCUUCUCUCUGAUUAGAAAUUUCUCCUUAGGGGACUCUGGCUUUUUUCCUUCUUGUAACAUUUAAUUGCUUUCCCUCCCCUUCAUUGCUAUGCCUCGUCCUGCCACAUCUCGGCAGAAUCUCCAACAUCCUUUGUUUUUUCUGCUACAUCCUGGGCAAACUGCCUGGCACUGAAUAAUACACAGCCUGCUCUGUUUCUGUCUUCACAAAUGAUUCUCCAAAGUGCUCAGGA